AUGCCAAUUUCUGUGCACUCAAUAAAUAAUGGAGAUGCAGCUCUAAAUGUCUCGUAUUCACUCAUGAGCAGCAUGUUUUUUUUUCUUUCAGCUCCAGCGGUAAACAGAUUCACCAGACGUGCAUCAGUGUGUGCAGAAGCUUACAAUCCUGAUGAGGAAGAGGACGACGCAGAAUCUAGGAUUAUUCACCCCAAAACAGAUGAUCAAAGAAACAGACUGCAGGAGGCGUGCAAGGACAUCCUUCUUUUUAAGAACCUAGAUCCGGAACAGAUGUCUCAGGUGUUAGAUGCGAUGUUUGAAAAGAUGGUUGAAGGAGGGGAACAUGUGAUUGAUCAAGGGGAUGAUGGUGACAACUUCUACGUCAUUGACAGAGGUACAUAUGAUAUUUAUGUAAAAUGUGAUGGUGUUGGGAGAUGUGUUGGAACCUAUGAUAACCGAGGAUGUUUUGGUGAGUUGGCCUUAAUGUACAAUACACCCAGAGCAGCUACAAUUAUAGCUACCUCUCCUGGUUCCAUCUGGGGUUUGGAUAGGGUAACAUUCCGAAGAAUCAUUGUAAAAAACAAUGCCAAAAAGAGAAGAAUGUAUGAAAGUUUUAUUGAGUCAUUGCCAUUCCUUAAAUCUUUAGAAGUAUCUGAGCGUUUAAAAGUGGUUGAUGUGAUUGGUACCAAAGUGUACAAAGAUGGAGAACAAAUCAUUGCUCAGGGUGACUUGGCUGAUUCUUUCUUUAUUGUGGAAUCUGGAGAAGUAAGGAUUAUAAUGACAAGGAAGGGUAAACAAGAUCUAGAAGAGAAUGGAGCAGUAGAAAUAGCUCGAUGCUCAAGAGGACAAUAUUUUGGAGAACUUGCUCUUGUAACUAACAAACCCCGAGCUGCUUCUGCAUUUGCUCUUGGCACUGUCAAAUGUUUAGUUAUGGAUGUGCAGGCAUUUGAAAGGCUUUUGGGACCUUGUAUGGAAAUUCUGAAAAGGAACAUUGCAAACUAUGAAGAGCAGCUCGUUGCUCUUUUUGGAACAAACAUGGACAUUGCUGACACCAGUGCAUGAACUAAACAUUGGAGCAACAAGAUCUGUUAUGAGAAUAUAGCACAGUAGUGGUUAGUCCACUGAGAAAUUGUCUCUCUUCCUAUAGAUGCCAAGCAUUUUCUGUGAUUUUAAGAAUGGGAUUGGGGUUUUUUGGUUUGGUUUGUUCUUGGUUGGGUGGUUCUUUCGUUUUUGUUUGUUUUGUUGUUUUUUUUUUUUUAAAUAUGACAGUGGAAAUACUAGUUAAGAAAAUAGCAAUUCAAUGAAUUGAGGGCUUGAUUUUUAAAAGUGCUCAGAAUUGAUGGUUCCAUUUGGUACAAAGACAUCCUGUAGUAGCACAGUACCUUUGAAAAUCAAGUCCUUGAACACAGCAUUUCCUUAAAGAAGAGAUUUUUAAAGAAACCCACAUGUGAUGAACUUGUUAAACCAGCUUCUGUUCUUCAAAAAGGUUACAUCUUUUCUGGAAAGACUGUUAGUUUGAAUGUGAUAUGUUGAAAGUAUUAGUGCACACAAAGUGUUUAUAUGUAUUAAUACAGAAGAUAUACAGUAGAUAUUACUUUUUGACUAUUACAGUUGUCAUAAUUUUAUGUUGCAUUUAUCACAGAUGUAGUGAAUCACAAGAUUAAUCAUAAGAUAAAGCAUGACAAUGCGUUUUGUGUAACGCUCAUGACCCAAAUCUGGUUUUUAACAUUUCGUAAUUUGUUUUAAAGUCCUCUUUGUUUAAUAUGUCAUGUUUCAGCACGACAUUGUAAUAUCUUAUGCAAUUUAGAGGACUUGUAUAUUUUUGCAAUAAACUGCAUUUUUUAUUAGUUACAUGAAUUCUGUACAUGAGUGAGGACAGCUGACAAAUUUACCUUAAUGCUUUCAAAGCAAAGGCAUGGGUCAUUGUCAUGUUCUACCUAAUCAUACAUAACCUAUAUUGUUUUCCUUCUCCCUUGUUUUAUAUUUAUGCAUUUUGUCUUCUCUAUUUAUGCUUGUUCUCUAGUAAAUUUUUUUUUUAGAUAUCACCUUUUUUACUGUUAAAUCUGUUUCAAGUGAAAUGAUCUCUGUAUAUCUCUCUUCCUGCAGUCUAAUCUUAGCUAUCAAAGAUCUGAGUCAAUUACUGAAGUGAUUGAUAUCAAAAGCCAUGCUAAACUAAGCUUGUCCUUGAAAAUCCUUAACAGGAAGUGCAAAAAUAUUUUUAAUUUGAAAGAUCAGUACUUCCAAAGCUUUGCACACAUCUGUCGUCAUUAAAGCUAACAUGUCUUGCUUUCAAAAACCUGUAGGUCAUCAUGAAAUAAUGUGUUCAGCCAUAAUAGCAUGGGAUACCUUCUGGGACUGAGGAGAGAGAAUAUCAUCUUAAUUAUGAGCACAGGGCUCAUUGCUUACAAGGGUCUGUGACUGGAAAUUUCAGGCACAGUCCAAUUUCAAUCCUGCUUACUGACCUGUCUCUUGAUGUUCAUGGACAGCCAGUGCGCGUACUGGCGAUGGGCAACUCUGCCAAAAUGACACUGCAAGAGUUGUAGGAAGGCUGCUUGUGCCCUGAUUCAAACACCUGAAUUAUAACAUCUUUCCUUCUUAGAUACUGACUUUUCUAAUGCCAUAUAUUUGUGUAUGUAGAUGUAAUCAUUAUGCUACAGUUAGUGAUAUGUUCUGACAAUUAAUAUAAUCAUACAUGUAUAUGAAAUUAUGAUUAUAUUAUAUAACAAUAUAUAAUUUAUAUCAUAUAAUAUGGUAUAAAUUAUAAAUCAGAUUCCUAACAAAAUACAAUCUGAACAAAAUUUACAAAUGUAUUUUUUUUUACCUAGAAACCUGGUAUGAAUAAUUGCACAUAUGAUAACUUGCCUUUGUACUUUUGAUUUAUGGGAAAAAGAGAAGCCCGUUAUACUAGAAGGAAAUAUCAGGUGACCAAAAUCUACACUCUUGUCAUUCUGUAUGCUUAAUCUCUAAAAGCUACCUAUAUUUUGCACUGGCUUAAUGUGAUUAAGAAAAAUGCUAGAAAUUACUUGUAUGGCAGUAAACUACAAUCAAGGCCAUAAAUGCCAGUCAUGAUAUUUUCAAUAUUGUUGGUUAUAUUUAAAGUUUCCUUACAAUAAACAACACUUUUAUAUAUAAAAAUCUACAUUUA